GAAAGGGAAAAAGAGACCGGAAGCAAGGAAUUUCACAACGAGACUUUGCGAGUGAGAAGGCUCUUGGAUUCUUCGUUCGUCCUUGGUCGGCAUAAGCUCAGAGCCUCAGAGGCCCCCGCUGUUGCUUCAAUUUACAGUUUCUGCCACCCCUUCCCACAGGCGCACACACCCACACACCGAAAGAGAAGUUUGUUGGAAGGAAGGUGGAGACACAAGAAAAAAGUGAAGAGAAGAGGAGGAAGGGAGGAGGACAAAAAGCGAAAAAGAAAGUUGCUGCAGCCGUGGAUGGUGGUGGUUCGUCCCUUCAAAGUUGCGAUUUUUUUUUUCCCUCAGCGUUUACGAAUUGGUCCUCUGUCAGUCAAGUAUUGGGAAAUUUUGGGGGAUUUCCUCUUCUGGGCUCUGAUCCAUUUUUCUGGAGCUGCUUCUUUACUUUCUGUUCCUUUUUUCUCCCUUUGAGAAGCAAGAGGCUUGAAGGGUAUGCUCCAGAUUUGAGUUUUGUGUGGAUUUUUAGAUCUGGGUUCAAGCAGCGUGUUGUUUUGUGCCGAGCAAGAUGUGGAACUGGUCGUCUCUGUGAUUGCUUGGAGGUCGGUGGGAUAAGAAAAGGUUCAAUUUUUCUGAGCUAUGGAGGAGGUAGGAGCUCAAGUUGCAGCUCCUAUGUACGUCCACAGUGCUCUUUCCACCAAAUACUGUGAAGCUCCUCCUAUGGCAAAGAAGCGUGAUUAUCUUUAUAAUCAAUAUCAGCCUGAGCAGAUCCAACAGCAGAUUCCCCGGCUUCAAGAUCUUCGAGACAAUUGGAAUCCCAGUUCCUGGAAUUGGGACAACGUUAGGUUUGUGGCAAAGCCGCUGGAAUUGGAGAUUUUACGGCCUGGCAUGGCGGCAGCCGACCAUAAGAAGAAAGAGAGGGCUAAUGGGUUGGAAAAGAAUGGUGCUGGAGAUGAAGAGGAUGAGAACUUGAGGUUGAAUCUGGGCGGCGGUUUGAAAUAUGUGGAGGAGCUGGUGUCGAGGCCCCAAAAAAGGGUUCGGUCUGGGUCACCGGGCUGUAACUACCCAAUGUGUCAGGUGGACGACUGUGGUGAAGAUCUUUCGAAUGCCAAGGACUAUCACCGGCGCCAUAAAGUUUGCGAGCUCCACAGCAAGUCUGCUAAAGCCCUGGUGGGGAAGCAGAUGCAGAGGUUUUGCCAACAGUGUAGCAGGUUCCACCCCCUAUCUGAAUUUGAUGAGGGAAAGAGAAGUUGUAGACGCAGGCUUGCUGGUCACAAUCGUAGGAGAAGGAAAACACAAGCGGAGGACGUCAAUUCGAGGCCUUUAGUCCAAGGAAAUCGAGAGAGCACUGCUCAUGAUAAUUUAGAUAUUGUCAACUUGUUAGCAUCUUUAGCUCGCAUCCAAGGGAAAACUGAUGAGAGAAGCGUCAAUAAUAUGUCGGUUCCUGACAAAGAACAUAUUGUGAAGAUUCUUAGCAAGAUGAACUCCUUGACUUUGCCGAGGGACCUUGCUGCUAGGCUUUCCACUUUCAAAAACUUGAAUGGGGCAGUGGUGGGGCAAACAUCUUCAAAGCAUCAGGAUGGAUCAAACCGUGAUAUGUCCUCACCGUCUACUAUGGACUUGCUUCAAGUGUUUUCAGCCACUCUUGGUUCAUCUGCUCCAAAUGCACUUUCAGCUCUAUCUCAAGGAAGCAGCCAAAGCGGCGAUUCUGAUAGAACUAAGUUGAAAAGCCCCGACCUGUCCACUGGUGCUGUCAUGCAGAGGGUUACUGUUGACUUAGCUUCAGUUGGAGCAGAGAGGAGCAGUUCCAGCUACCAAUCUCCAGUCGAAGAUUCUGAUUGCCAAAUCCAAGAAACACGGCCUAAUCUACCAUUGCAGUUAUUUAGCUCAUCACCUGAGGAUGACAGCCCACCGAAAUUAGCGACUUCUAGGAGGUACUACUCUUCUGACAGCAGUAAUCCCACUGAAGAGCGAUCUCCAUUGUCUUCUCCUCCGUUGGUGCAGAAGCUGUUUCCCAUGCGGACCUUGAAAGAAGCUAUUGAAACUGAGAAGAUGUCAACCAGCACGGAGAUAAAUGGAAGUGUUGAGCUUACAAGGAAUUGUGUUCAUACGGUGCCUCUUGAGCUCUUUAGGGAUUCUGAUAAAGGACCUGACUGCGGCCCGUAUCAAAGUUCUCCAUAUCAGACUGGUUAUACGUCUUCAUCUGGGUCCGAUCAUUCGCCUUCUAGCUUAACUUUGGAUUCCCAGGACCGGACAGGCCGGAUAAUGUUUAAGCUAUUUGACAAAGACCCGAGUCAUUUCCCCAUGGCAUUGCGGUCACAGAUCUUCAGUUGGCUUUCUAACAGUCCUUUGGAAAUGGAGAGCUACAUAAGACCUGGUUGUGUGGUCCUUUCUAUCUAUCUGUCAAUGUCAUCUGCUGCUUGGGAGCAUCUUGAAGGAAACCUGCUCCAGCACCUUCAGAGUUUGGUUCAAAACUUAGAUACCGACUUUUGGAGAAGUGGAAGAUUUUUAGUGCAUACAGGCAAUAAGUUAGCAUCACAUAAUGAGGGAAAACUUCACCUAUGUAGAUACUGGAAAACUUGUUCCCCGGAAUUGGUGUCAGUAUCUCCAUUGGCCAUCGUGGGUGGGCAAGAGACUUCACUUUUAUUGCGGGGAAGGAAUCUUGAUAACCCCGGGACGAAGAUUCAUUUGACCUACAAGGGUGGAUAUAUAUCGAAAGAAGUCACUCAAGUAAGUAGUCAGGGAACCCUGGAUGAAAUAACUGUCGGGGCUUUCAAAAUUGAUGCCGGGCUGCCGAAUGCUUUUAGUCGCUGUUUCAUUGAGGUUGAAAAUGGUUUCAAAGGCAACAUUUUUCCUGUGAUAGUAGCUGAUGCUAAAAUAUGCAAGGAACUGAGAUUGCUAGAGUCUGAACUGGAGGAAGAGCCAAGAUCAAGGGACGUCAGUCCAGAAGAGGGAAAUCAAGAUUCUGGUUGUCAGGGCAGCACGAGAGCUGAAAUCCUGCAUUUCUUAAACGAACUUGGAUGGCUAUUUCAAAGGAAUACAAACUCUUCGAUGCUUAGGGAUCCUGACUCUUCUCUCCGCCGCUACAAAUAUUUAUUCAUUUUCGCAGUCGAAAGGGACUGCUGUGCCCUGGUCAAGACGCUCCUUGAUAUAUCAAUAUCAAGCUACUUAGAUGGGGAUGGUCAAUCUAGUGAGCCUGUGGGGGCUUUGUUGGAAAUUCAACUCUUGAAUCGGGCAGUCAGAAGAAAGUGCAGGAAAAUGGUUGACCUGCUUCUGCACUACCCUAUAAGUAGCAGCAAGGACUAUUGUAAAACAUACAUUUUCACCCCAAAUAUGGUGGGACCUGGUGGUAUCACACCUUUACAUGUGGCUGCUUGUACAUCGGGCUCAGUUGAUAUAGUCAAUGCCCUGACAAAUGAUCCACAAGAGAUCGGAUUAAACAGCUGGAACUCCCUUCUGGAUGCAAACGGGCAGUCACCGUAUUCCUAUGCUGUGAUGAGGAAUAAUCUCUCUUACAAUGAGCUUGUGUCCUGUAAACUUGCUGACAGGAAGAACAGUCAAAUUUCUGUGAUAAUCGGAAAUGAAAUGGAGGAAUCGCAGCCGUCAGUUGUGCAAGAACCUGGCCAGCGUGCCCAGUCUCAAUUGAGUGCGGGGUCGUGCACGAGAUGUGCGGUCGCAGCAACAAAAUAUGGUAGGAGAUUUCCGGUCUCGCAUGGGGUGCUUCAUCGGCCCUAUAUCCAUUCGAUGCUUGUUGUUGCCGCUGUUUGCGUCUGUGUUUGUCUCAUCUUCCGAGGUGGCCCUCAGGUUGGUAAUCCUCCCUUCAAUUGGGAACAUUUGGGUUAUGGUGCUAUUUAAAGAGUACAUCUAAUAACAUAUAAAGAGGAAGCAAGAGGAAGCUUACGUAAAUAUGAAGGCAGGCUAGCGUGCAUUUGUAUCUGGAGAGGAACUGCUUCGAGAUGACUCUGCAAGUACAAGGUUUCAAAUGCCCAUCAAGAAAUUAAGCAGGGUUCGGCAUUUCUGAAGUUGCAUACCCCUCUUUUCAAUAAGCUGGAAUGUGAGAAGUACCAAGUUUUCUCUGACCUAGGGUUCAGGAGAAUACUACAUGGACAUAGGAACCAGUUAAAAUCUCGGUGUGUUGUGGCACUAGAGUUAUUUGGUAAUGAGUUGAGAGGAAAGAUGUUGGGCGAAUUACGACAGAAUAUAGGUGGCGGGCUGGAGAAGAUGCGCUUUGCCAUGUGAAGAAACUAGUGCCGAAAUCGAGGGAGAACGUUUGCAGAGUGGGGAUGAGCUAGAAAAUUCUUUAUCAUAGAGGAAGUACAAAUGCAAUAAGUUAUAUGUUUGCUGUUAUUAUUCUGUUCUUUGUUGGGUUUUGGGUUUCUGAUUACUUCGACUCGUGGGUGCUAAACGAGCGAUACCAGCUCUGGACGAGCAUCUGAGUUUGUUUUUAACUGUAAAGUUGAUCACGACUCCUUUAGGGCUGUUGAGGUUAUUGUAUGAUUCUAUUAGU